AUGGUGCGAGUUUGGUACACCCCCCCUCCUUUCGGUCCUGGUACGGACCUUCACACAACCGCCUAUGGGUGCAAGGAAGGCGUCAGCCCGAACUGGGUUGUUCGUCUGAGCAAGAUGCCCAAGCCGAUUGGGAUUGGUGUGCCCGUCCUUAUCUCGUGCCUGAUCUGCUACAUUCCCUUCGCCAACCAGAAGCUUCCCUUUACUUUUGAUCCUGAGUACUUGGCGGCUCGUAGGGCCUACAUGAGGUACCACAACAUGAAUCCAAUCUUUGGAAUCUCGAGCAAGCAAUCUCGUGCCACGGAUCCCGAGUAA